GCGCCGCGGACGACCACGGCCAAUGGGCGGCCCGGGCGGUCUGGAGCGGUGGUGGCGGGAAGACGCUGCGAUGGCGGGCCGGCGUGGCGCGCUCAUCGUGUUGGAGGGCGUGGACCGCGCGGGGAAAAGCACUCAGAGCCGCAAGCUGGUGGACGCGCUGUGCGCCGAGGGCCACCGCGCCGAGCUGCUGCGCUUCCCUGAAAGAUCAACUGAAAUUGGCAAGCUGCUCGGCUCCUACUUGGAAAAGAAAAGCGAGGUGGAGGAUCACUCGGUGCACCUGCUCUUCUCUGCGAACCGCUGGGAACACGUGCCGUUAAUGAAGGAGAAGUUGAGCCAGGGCGUCACCCUGGUCGUGGACAGAUAUGCCUUCUCCGGAGUCGCCUUCACCAGCGCCAAGGAGAAUUUCUCCCUGGACUGGUGUAAGCAGCCGGACGUGGGCCUCCCCAAGCCCGACCUGGUCGUCUUCCUGCAGCUGCAGCUCGCGGAGGCGGCGGUGCGGGGCGAGUUUGGCCGCGAGCGCUACGAGAGUGGCCCCUUCCAGCAGCGCGCCCUGCAGCGCUUCCAGCAGCUCCUGGCAGACCCAAGCCUGCCCUGGAAGACGGUCAACGCCUCCAGAAGCAUCGAGGACGUCCACCGGGAGAUCCGCGCGCUGUCUGAGGACGCCAUCCGGGCCGCCGCGCACAGGCCCCUGGGGCAGCUGUGGACGUAGGAGGCCAGCCACCUGUGCCCCAGAGACGCUCGUAAAUCACUGUGCUUUCCUCACUGAGGUCUGACAGCUGCGUCCAGCGGUCGCAUUGGGGUCGCUGAAACUCUAAGCAUGUCCUCAGACGUCAUCAAUAAAGACAAGGUGGAGACGGUG